AAUGCCUGCCAAUGGCUUACGGAAGCAACAUAUCACGCCAGCCUCCACCAGAAGUCAGUCGUAGAACCUAUCUCUGGGAGCGAUUUCUAUUUUCUUCCAGACCUUCCCGUUUCUCCCCCCCCCCCCCCCCCCACACACACACGACAUCCCCUUGUAGAUUCAGCUUUGUAGUACCAACUGAUCAUCUCGGACAAUGCCUUCAAGCUUAGACCCAAUUACUGGCAUAGGCGUGAGGAUAUCGCUAGUAGUUUGUUGCCUCCUUCUCAUUUCUAUGCUUCUAGUUUCUAGUGGGGGUAAAUAUGGGCCACGCACAUGGAGCUCUCGUCUCGCAAAGAGAUCAGAUUUGUUCAACCAAAAGCAUUCAACCAGGCCACAAAGCCAGAGAGGGUUGGCAUUAGAACAAAGGUCUCGUUCAGAACACCAAAGACACACACAACCAGGGAACGAAGCAGCAAGCCAACGCCAACGAGUCAGGCGAAUUCACCGACGUCAAGUCGUAACCGACCCAGCAGACCCGACAACGGCUUCUCCAAUGCCGAAUGUUACACUGCAGCCUACAACAGCUCUGCAAGUCAGUGCAGAUGGAUUGGGAGCUGUGAACUUCAAGGGCAAUGCAGACAUUGUCGGUCAGAUGCACAAUACGACAGGAAGUGGCUGGUUGAGACAGGAAUAUUCUUAUGAGAAUGGUAGUGCUUUUGGUACACUCUUUGAUGUACCACCGUCUCAAACUAUCAACACAACAAUGGUCGAGGCUACUGUUGAUGUUGCUCCAAUGGGCACCAAUACACUCAUGACAUUUGAUAUAUCAAUUGUAAAUGGACUGGAUCUCAUAGAGGGCACGGCGUUUCGGAUCAGGGCAGUGGUAGAUGGCUUUUCAUUUACGUCAAGCUUUUUCUUUGUGGCAAUCUUCGACGAUGGUAUACUGAAUAGCUCUGAAAGCACCACAGCUACACAGCCUACGACCAAUACCAGCUCUAGUAUGCGGGCAACAACCACUAUAGCUACCCGGGUGACUGCCGCUAGUACCACUAAUGACAAUGUUACCGUGGUUACCACCACUGCUAGUACCACUAAUGACAAUGGUACCGUGGUUACCACCACUGCUAGUACCACUAAUGACAAUGGUACCGUGGUUACCACCACUGCUAGUACCACUAAUGACACUGUUACCACCACUGCUACGAAUACAAGUGGACAAAAUGUAUCGAGUGGAACGGCAACGGCAACACCAGCAAUGGUGAUGUCGACCGAUGGCAGCAGCGACACGACGCCGGUCACUGCCAGUGAAGGAGCUACACUGCAGAAUGGCACUGUGCCGGAGGAGGCGUUUCAAGAUGCAAGUUCCGACAGCACAGUAGCCCUGGCAUCGUCUAUCCCAGCAGGUGUUGCUGCGGUACUUGCGCUUGCCGGCUUUGUGGCGUAUCGCUACAAGAUAAACAGACGGGGAAGCGUCGAUCUUCCACUCGUCUCCUACGCUGUCGAGAGGCCGGCAGCAAAGAUGCCCAUCGCACCAAUGGCAUCUUUCGAAGAGCUUGACGAGAACGGGGAAGAGAUCUACACAUCAGCUGUAUACAUGGGCGAGGAUGAUGGUGAUACGCAGGACGACAUCUACGCUGCUGUACCGCCGUCGUCAGCCCAACAGAUCCAAGAUGAUGAUUCCGACAGCAGUGUUACUCAACAGCCGGGAAAGGCCAACUUGACACUGCUGAACCUGACCAAGGCGGCAGCCGGCGUCGCCACUAGGCACUCUUUACGCAGUCACGGUGGAAUGUCCAUCUACAGUACGGCGGUGUCCCUGGAUGGUGAGCAGCAUACACCGACCCCAAGCGAUAACGACUCUUUUUACAGUGCUGCAGUUACUGUAUCGCCCACCAGCCAGGCGUCUGAGUACACUGGUAGGUAUGAUACCACAGCACAAGAGCAUACAGACGGUGAAAACACAGCUGGUGCGCUCCUCCCAAAGAGCACUAGCCACUACAGCAUCUGCACGCGCAAAAUGCCCCCAGCGAAGCCUAGGCGAGAGUCACUAUCCAGCCUAUCUACCUCGUCGGUGUACCACAUGCAGUGUAUCGUGGCUGAAGCAGCAGAGGCGACCAAGGCAAAAGGCGAGGGCAAACGAGCAGCAUCACGCCAUAACUCCACACCGGUGAGCCAGGCUGAGUACGAUGCCCUGUCUGAAAUUCUGAAUGUGAUAAGUCCUCCCACCGAACACACAGCUGCCCUUCAGACAGACGACCGACCUGAGCCAGCGAAUAAAGACGACAAAUCUUCAGCCAAGAUGCCCGAAAUAUCUCGGGCAGCUCAGGCUCCACCCGAAAAACCUGGCAAUGUGAUAGCGUUAUCUGCAGGCGAGUUGGGUCUUGAGGAAGAAGUCUACCUAGCACCUCGACAGGGAACCGGCGCUUACCAGAGCACAAGAGAGAAAGUGGAAUCUAGGACGAGUGGUCAUGGCUUCAGCGUGGCACUCACUCUCGCAGUGCCCAAGAAGGGAGGUACCGAUGCAGCGGCAGCGACAGCAGCAACCGAAGGCGCUGAUCACCUUGACGUCGAAAAUCUGUACGCCCCUCCGGUCGACGAGAAUGCUAUUGGCCAACGCCACAACACCGUUGAUAGUGUUGGCUACAUGGCACCCAAAGACGUCCGCAAGAAGAUCAACAUGCUGAGAGCUUCGGCUGCAGCUCCGUUUUCUAGUGAAAUCUACAGCGACAUACCGCUCACUGCGUCCAAGCUGAGCAUUACCAGCAUAGCACUUAGUGACCGUGAAGCCAGCAGUGCGUCCAGUCACGGUGGCGCUAGCAGUACUGAAGAAGAUGAUACACGUGAUACUAAACCGUUGUCGGCCGGUACGUCAUCAGGUGUUUGCUUCAGGGACCAGCCUAGCCAGGAUGGAAACAAAGGCAAUGUCUAUCGGUCCGUGGACAAAAAGCAGAGAAAAUCCAGUCUGAGGCAUAAGAUGACCCUGAAGCUGAAGAGCCGCGAACGGCACAAGGGUAGAAAGGAUCACAAGCGAUCUGACUCCCUGAAAGAAGUCUGAGUGUUUGCAUGCAGCGGAAAAACGUUCCACAAACACAUCAUGAAUCAUAUCACCGAGUCCGCAGCUACGAGGCUUUUAUAGCCAAUGCGCUGCUAGUGGAAGUUAGACAAGUUCUGGCCGGAUCACGGUGCACUGGGCGGAUAGUCCUUCCACCGAGCUAAAUUCAGGCAUUCAGAUUCUGCUGCUCUGACAUACACACGCACGCACGCAUGCCCCCCCCCCCACACACACAUGUACAUACACACACCUCUGUUACGCAUAUUCCCCCAGCCUGUGUGGGGACGUAUUUACGAGCCCUGGCUAUACAGAGCUGCUUCCCAGGCUAUUGGUGAGCUGCAUACAAGUGUCAUGACAAUGAACACUAGGCUGCAACCCUUGAACCGUGAUAGGGAUAUUAUGACUGGCUGCUGCUGCUUCUGCUUAUAGUAAAGUUACUCCACAUGGCUUCCAGCACUAGUAGAACCGUGUUAUUAUCUUCUAUAAAUAGUGUACGUGCCACUGUACUGCAUGCAUGAGAGUAACAACCGGCAAUAUGCCUGCACCCACGCUAUGGCCAAACUAAUGAGAGCUCACGACUGCCCUGCAUUUGCCCCUCCAUAAAAUCUAAUUCCGCUGUCAAUGAAAUGUACACGUAAAAAAGUAAAAAAACCCAUUGUGUUCUGAUUGAAAAUGCACGACACGAGUUGACCAAUCAAUACUUCAAGCACCAUAGAUGUUUGCAUGGCCGGAACUUGGGCUACAUGAUGUACAUAUCAACCAACGUUCACACAGCAUUAGAGCAUGUUGCUUUCUGUUUCUUCGGACAGCAACUGAAACAUAUUAAAGUUGAAUAGAUUACGGUGAUAUUAAAUUUUUUUA